GCGGCCCCGCCUCCCGCCCACUCCGCAGCGCCAGCUCGGCAGGCGCGGGGCGUGAGUGUGGAGUGAGACCCGCCGGGCUCCAACUCCGCAGUGCCGGAGCGCGGCGGGCAGCAACUUUCUCCCCGCAGCGGCCGUGGCGGCCGCUGCUGCUGUGGCAGCCGUAGCGGAAGCCGGGAGAAAGAAGGCGGCGGCGGUUGUUCCCGCCGACUCGGGCUGUCCAGCUCUCAGAGACCGCCGGCCCGCGGAGCUGCGUUCCCCCGGGCAGCCCCGGGCCCCUGCCCUAUGUCCCGCAAGGCGAGCGAGAAUGUGGAGUACACGCUGCGGAGCCUGAGCAGCCUCAUGGGCGAGCGGCGCAGGAAGCAGCAGGAGCCGGACGCGGCGAGCGCGGCCGGGGAGUGCAGCCUCCUGGCGGCCGCCGAGUCAAGCACCAGCCUGCAGAGCGCGGGCGCGGGCGGCGGCGGCGGCGUCGGGGACCUGGAGCGGGCGGCGCGGCGGCAGUUCCAGCAGGACGAGACCCCCGCCUUCGUGUACGUGGUGGCCGUCUUCUCCGCGCUCGGCGGCUUCCUGUUUGGCUAUGACACCGGGGUGGUGUCGGGGGCCAUGCUGCUGCUCAAGCGGCAGCUCAGCCUGGACGCGCUGUGGCAGGAGCUGCUGGUGUCCAGCACGGUGGGGGCGGCCGCCGUCUCGGCGCUGGCCGGAGGAGCCCUCAACGGCGUCUUCGGCCGCCGCGCUGCCAUCCUCCUGGCCAGUGCCCUCUUCACCGCCGGCUCCGCAGUGCUGGCCGCGGCCAACAACAAGGAGACGCUACUCGCCGGCCGCCUGGUCGUGGGGCUCGGCAUCGGCAUUGCUUCUAUGACAGUGCCAGUGUACAUUGCGGAGGUCUCACCACCCAAUUUAAGAGGCCGAUUAGUCACCAUUAAUACCCUCUUCAUCACAGGAGGGCAGUUCUUUGCAAGUGUUGUUGAUGGAGCCUUCAGUUACCUCCAGAAGGAUGGAUGGAGGUACAUGUUGGGACUCGCAGCAAUUCCAGCAGUUAUACAGUUUUUUGGCUUUCUCUUUUUGCCUGAAAGCCCUCGAUGGCUUAUUCAGAAAGGACAGACUCAGAAGGCCCGUAGAAUUUUAUCUCAGAUGCGUGGUAACCAGACCAUUGAUGAGGAAUAUGAUAGUAUCAAAAACAACAUUGAAGAGGAGGAAAAAGAGGUUGGCUCAGCUGGACCUGUGAUCUGCAGAAUGCUGAGUUAUCCCCCAACUCGCCGAGCUUUAAUUGUGGGUUGUGGCCUACAAAUGUUCCAACAGCUCUCAGGCAUUAACACCAUCAUGUACUUCAUGGGAAGGUGCCAUUUAUCUUUUAUGCUUUCCUUCCACAGGAGCUCAUCCUUCAGAUAUGUCAUUUCCAUGACCUCCAAUGGCCUUCCAGAUUGUCAGACCUGCUGUCAAACCUCUAUGACAAGGCACAACUCAAACAUUAAUGCCCUGGAAAACCAAGGAAUAUUGUACAGCAGGUACUACAGUGCAACCAUUCUGCAGAUGUCUGGUGUUGAAGACGAUAGACUUGCAAUAUGGCUGGCUUCAGUUACAGCAUUCACAAAUUUUAUUUUCACACUCGUGGGAGUCUGGCUUGUUGAGAAAGUGGGCCGCAGAAAGCUUACCUUUGGUAGUUUAGCAGGUACCACCGUAGCACUUGUUAUUCUUGCCUUGGGAUUUGUGCUAUCAGCCCAAGUUUCCCCACGCAUCACUUUUAAGCCAAUAGCUCCAUCAGGUCAGAACGCCACUUGCACAAGAUACAGCUACUGUAAUGAAUGUAUGUUGGAUCCAGACUGUGGUUUCUGCUACAAGAUGAACAAAUCCACUGUCAUUGACUCCUCCUGUGUUCCAGUUAAUAAAGCAUCUACAAAUGAGGCAGCCUGGGGCAGGUGUGAAAAUGAAACCAAGUUCAAAACAGAAGACAUAUUUUGGGCUUACAAUUUCUGCCCUACGCCAUACUCCUGGACAGCACUUCUGGGCCUUAUUUUAUAUCUUGUUUUCUUUGCACCUGGAAUGGGACCAAUGCCUUGGACUGUGAAUUCUGAAAUAUAUCCCCUUUGGGCAAGAAGUACAGGAAAUGCAUGUUCGUCUGGAAUAAACUGGAUUUUCAAUGUUCUGGUUUCACUAACAUUUUUACACACAGCAGAGUAUCUUACAUACUAUGGAGCCUUCUUCCUCUAUGCUGGAUUUGCUGCUGUGGGACUCGUUUUCAUCUAUGGCUGUCUUCCUGAGACCAAAGGCAAAAAACUAGAGGAAAUUGAAUCACUCUUUGACCACAGGCUAUGUACAUGUGGCACUUCAGAUUCUGAUGAAGGGAGAUAUAUUGAAUAUAUUCGGGUAAAGGGAAGUAACUAUCAUCUUUCUGACAAUGAUGCUUCUGAUGUGGAAUAAUUUUCAGCUGCUCGUAUAUUUAGUUAUUUAAACAAACUUGGGAAGAAGAACAGCAAUUGGUGACCUCACUGCCCUGCUUCUAAUCUGGUUCGUUCCAGUCUAGUUUUGAUUCACUCUAUAUUCUAGAAUACUUGAUUGGGAGGAAGAUACAACCAUGAUGACUUUUUUUUUUUUCAGAAAGAAUAUUUUAAAAAAUAUUUACAGAGAUUUUAAUCUAAUACUUCUUAAGCAAAUGUGUGUAUUGCCUUCCUGAAAUAGUCUAAAAUGAAUAUUGUACCCAGUGACUUCAGUGGUAUCCUUUUUUCCUAAGACCAUUUAUAAUUAUUAGUGGCAAACAGAGUCAGUGCUAAUCUAGUCAAAUUACAUAUGCAUAAUAUAUUUAUAAAGGAUUCUGGGAGAUGGUCCAAGGGUAUUCUAUGUCAAAAGAUGGCCUAUUGGCUCUCAGUUUUCCUACAGAGAGUAGUGGCUUGUCUCUGAUCAGCUGUUACAAACUAAACUCCAUUUAUGCUUUUGUCAACAAAUACCAAGUGCCUCCUACAAGGGCACAGCUGUCCCUAUCUCCUUUGGAUUCCACAUUUUUGUUUCUCUCCAAUUCAGAUAUUGGGAGUUCUUCAGAGACUGACUCUGCACACUAGCUUUUGAACAUUAUGAAAAGAUAAUCUGUUAGGGGUUAUUUUCAUAGUUUUUUUUUUGCAUCAGUGAUAAAGCAUACAUUUGCACAGACAAGCUAGCAAGUUAUGAGAAGUACUUUUAUGGUUGGAAAGUAACAGAAAAGGUUUCUAUGGAUCCCAAAUUGGUUAGUCACUAGGUAUGCAAUUAUAAAUGCAAAACAGUGCCGGAUCUUUAGCUGUAUAUCAGGGUCAGUUUUUGUUCAUGCCCAAAUGACUACACCUUCCUCAUUGGCCCUGGAGUCCUACUAUUUUGUGCCUUCAUUUGUGUUACAUACACAGCUGCAAGCAUAUUAUUUUUCCCCUUUUAUUCAAACAAUAAUUUUCAAAGCAAGAAAGAGGAAAGAAAUCACUGGCAGAAAUAAUCCUGCUGUUAUUGGUGUUUGUUUAAUAAAAAUAAUGGGACUUUUGUUCUUAACUUGUUAUUAACUCUUCCUAAGGGAACUGUCACAUAUUAUUAUUUAAUUUUACUUGUCUUUUUUUGUUUUACUUUAGGAGCAUAAACUUGUUUUUAUUUUGCACACUUUUCUCAUUUCCCUGAGAAGGUACCAGAAAAAAACAAGGAUACAUAGAUUUGUCUGUAUGUUUUUCUUAUUCUUUGUUUAGUUUUUCCUUCUUGUCUAAAAAUUGAGAUUUCCUAUUUAUUGGAACAGAUUAUUGGUUCUAAUAUAGCACAUGUCUAUAAGAAAUGCAGACUUAAGUAUAUUUCUACAAUGCCUUUCCAAAGUUUUCAUUGGUUUUUAUGGUAAUUCUUCACUAAACUCUUAAUUUUUGCUUUUCUAUUAAUAAAUAUAUAGUAUGUACAGAAUUCCUUGAUCACAAAAGUACUUGAUAGUUCCAAGAAAAAUAUGAAUGAAUCUUCUGUGGCCACUUAGGAAUACAUCAGUUUGAUGGAUCUAAUAAGGUACUGUAUUUGGAGAGAAAAGGUGGCUAUCUCCAUAUUCUGCCAGUCUCCAAGAUAUUCUAUUCUUUUAACAUCUGGCUUCUUCCUAUCACAGUUAUCAAGCUGAGAAUACAGACGAGGAAGUUGAUUCUCUAAGUCACCAGAGGUAUAAUAAAUAUGUGCUUAAACAGUCACAUUAGUGGCCUAAAAAUUCUUUAACCAAAAACAAAAAAGUUUUCUCUCUUUGGUCAUGUCAUAUAAUAAAACAAUUUAAUAUUUUAGAGAGGUUAUUGCCUUGAAUUAGGUGCUUUAACAACUGAUUUCCAAGGGAAUAUUAGCAUUGAUUUUUUCCUCAGAAAAGCAGAUAUGAUUUAAUAGGGAAAAUUAUUAUUCUAUUGAUAUUUCUUAUAAGAAAUUUCUCAUUUUACACAGGUAAAUUGAAGUGAAAAAUGAGCUACUGUGUGGUACAAUCAAAAUACAAGGAGAAAAAAUAUUUAGGCCAAUAAAGUGCUCUCUAAAAAUUUUAUUUUUUGGACUUAUCAAAAUAAUUGCCUCAAUUCUUCUCUUUAUUGUAUAGAUAGCCUUAAUUAUAUACUUAUAAUUCAGCUGGGCUGAUGCACAGUAACUUUAUUAAAGGAGAAACUGGACUUUUGUUAUUUCCUAAAGCAGAACAUGGCAUGUUCUCCCUGCUAUAAAAAAAACAAUGUUUUCAACUUUAUAACCAUAAAUGCACAUAAUAACAGGGAAAAUUAGCCACAGUUCUCCCCUACUCACCUGAGCCCCUUCUUUAAAGGACUAUUUGUUAUUUAUAUAGUGUUAAAGAUAAGAUUCCUUAAAGUAUAAGACAGAGAGGCACAGUAUAAUAAUUUAUAACUUUUUAGAACAAAUAACUACUUGAAAAGGAACCUUAUACAAUUAGGGUAUUAUUUUUAGAUUUGGUGAAUAUUUAUAGAAUAUUAAAAAUUAAAUGUUUAAAUUUUGCAGAUUUUUUUAUAUUAGGCACCUUUUAAGUUCCCUGCAUAUUUGGCUACCACUAUCAACUUGGAAAUACUCCAUUUGAAGUAUCAUCAAAUAUAUAUUUUGUAGGACAAUUUAUAUAGGAUGUGAUUUGACCUACCAUAUAGACACAGAUUACAUAUCAUGCUUUCAACCAAAAUUACAGAUUUCAUUUGAAACGUGCUGCAGAUUUGAUAGAGGUAUAUUAUGUUUUAGGAAAAUAUACUGAAGAUGGUCCAAAUCCCUACUGAGGCUUAGCUGGAUGGCUGAUCUGCACAUAAACACAUAGGGCUGAAUAUAAUGUCAAAAGGAUUUGCCAUUAAUAAUUUUCUUCAAUGUAAACAUUCCUAAUAAUUUUGAUUGAUUGUUGCUUCUAACUUAAUCACUUCCCAAAACAUGAUUAUUUUUAAUAUAUAUGUAAAAGACUUAAAAAAUAAUAAAAGGUAAUAUGUCCAUUUUAAAUUUUGUUCCCAGCCAUAUGCAGUGGUUUCCUGAUAGAAAAUACUAUGAGAAUACUGAGUAUUUUUUCAGAAUUUAAUUUUACCACUGAACCUGAUUUUAGCACAUGAGAGUCUAAAUAUUAAGUUGUUCAUUCUAAAAGGGGAAAUCAGUAAAAACAAGGAAUUUAUGAAAUUUUUACUUUAAUUUUAAUAUCUGUUAUACAGGGGAAGAACGAUCAGGAAAAAUAUAAGCUGGCAACUUACCCUUUUGCUUUUCAACAACAAAAUAAUAUUGAAAAUCUAUUAUGAUAACUCACAGAUCCAGAAGUUGGCGGAAAUGGACGAAUGUUUUAGAAAACACUAUCCAUAUGUUUAUCUAAGAAAGUCUCACAAUUUAGUGACACUAGUACAAUUCGUAAAAUACUGUAAUAGAGUUGGAAUAUUAUUUUGGUUUUAUUUCAUCAUCAAAAUCAUAAAAAAAUUAAUGAGAUUUUUUAAUAAUCAUUUUCUUUUACCAUAUUCAAAAUUUAAAAAUUUCAAAUUAUAGUAAGUACCUAACAACUGACUUUUAUCCACUUGUGACAAGUUUUCAGUUACCAAAUUAAGACCUUUUCAGUAUCUAUGAGUAAAAGAAAUAGAUGAUUAUAUCAGACCAGGAGCAGAGAAUUUAUAACAUAUGUGCUUUAUAGCAAAAUGCAUUAAAUUAUGGAUAAAAUUUACAGCUCAUAUGUAGCUGCUGCCAAUAAGAAAGCUCAGAAUUGUUCUCUGGAUUAAUUUUACAUCCUGUUUUCUGUCACUUUUACCAGUCUUCUUAGCUUUGUGUACAAUAAUGUUAAGCCAAUUUGAUGAAAUGGUUCAGGUUGUAGCAAUCUAUAAAUUGUCGGUACAUUCAGCUCUUCUAGGUGAGCAAUACUGCUGCUAUUUUUCUAGAAAUAGCAAUCAUUUUAAAAUGCCAAAUAGCUAACUGCUAUGAACUCUUUCUUGUAUAUUGUUUCUUUGGAGAAGGAAGUUUUUGUGUGCCAAUAAUCAUCAAAGAGGUGUUUUAUAAGAAUGUUGAUGUUCAGAAUUUCAUGGAAAUAUUUUAUCCCUAUAAUUUGCUGGUGAGUGUAAAACAAUUUAUGUAAAUCUUUACUUUAUAUGUACAAAAUAUAUAGUCUGCUGUACUUGAGUAAUUUGGUCUAUGGAAUUUUUAAAAACCUUCAUUUAGCAGUAAUUCACAUUUUUAUUUUAGACAGUUCAUGUGUUUGAUUUUGUUAUGUCAGUAUUAAUGAGAAAAAGAAGUGGAUCAUGCAGCUAAUGAGUAACCAUUUUGUAAAGUUUCAGCAAACUUAACAUUAUUCCAUCUCAUUUAAAGGUUAAAAAAGAAGAGACAACUGUAGCCAAAGUAGAAAUUUAUAUUCUACACGUCUAAACUGUUUCCUAGCAGCUUUUGGACUAUAUAUAUUACUUGAUGUUAAAGUAUCUUUUAUUUGUAAUAAAUGUUCAAAUUUCUAUUUAGAAGCUCCGAUCUACACCUAGAUUAAAUCAAAUCACAGUUUUAUGCUUUUAAAAUAUAUGUCUUUCAAACUGUAUAUUUUAAUUUCUGAGUGCAUGUUAUAUAGUAUUUAAUACUUCAGAUGUCUUGGCAAAUUCAAUAUAAAUAUUUAUUCCCACAAGUGAUAUAUGAGAUAUCUCUUAAAAUUAUGAAUAUGUACUAUCUCCUUCAAAGUCAUCCUAGCCUAUGCUGUAUCAAAAGUAUUGUAUAUUUUAUGGAGAUGUAGUGAUAUACAUGUAAAUGUUUUUUAAGUUAUUUUAUUGAAGUUCAAUCUUUACAUAAAAUUAAAAUCUUUUUUUAAAAAAAGUGUCAGUGCCAGAACUGUAAAUGAAAAUAAUCAAAUAAAUGUUAAAAUAAUUCAUUACUCAUUAA